UGAUAUAUGCUGGGUGAAAAACACAUAUUAUAUCCCUAUGGACCAAUAUAUUCCUGAAACCGAAGACCUUGAUUCCAAGCCUCAACUUAACUACUAUCAAUGGAUGCCUUUUAUCCUGCUUGGAUUGGCCUUUCUCUAUCAAAUUCCAUGCCUAUUUUGGAGGGCUAAUAAUGAGAAAAGUGGAAUGAGCCUUGACAGCAUGAUCAGAGUGGCAAACAAGUAUAUUGAAGCAGGUAACACUGGGGACAGAGAUAGGUUUGUUAAAUUAUCUACGAUGCAUUUUCAACAAUAUUUUGAAAUGAGAAAGCGGAGGAAUGAAGAAAAAACAGUAGAUAUUAUAAAAGAACUUAUGGCCAUUACAUUUUGUUGUGGAGGUAAAAAAUAUGGCCGCUACCUCAGUUGGUUGUACAUCUUAACAAAAUGUAUGUACUUUGUCAACACGGUCGCUCAGUGCAUACUCACAGACAUUUUGCUAUCGAAUGGGGCAAUUAGUUUUUACGGAAUUCGUUUACUCCACAACUUUAAAUACGGGAAAUCUUAUGAAGUUUCUAACUAUUUUCCCAAAAGCACUUAUUGUGACGUUCAUAUACGGGAACUGGGAUACCAAAUCAAAGGACAUCGUUACACAGUGCAGUGUGUGCUUCCUAUAAAUUUGUUCUCUGAGGCCAUUUUUGGCUUCUACUGGUUCUGGCUAGUCAUGAUGGUCUGUUCCAAUGCGUACAGUCUAGUCAAGUGGUGUUGGUACUUUGUGUCUACGAAUAGCAGUGUUCAAUACAUAAGAAAACACAUUCGAGAUGAUCUUGUUGAUCAAGGAAAUUUGAGGGACUUUGUGAAGGAUUUUUUAAUGCAAGAUGGGGUUUUUGCCAUUAGAAUAAUUUCUAAUAACUCCACGGAUCCUUUGGUGACUGACCUAGUCAGUUCUAUCUUCGAGAACUAUAAGAUUCGCAGGCUUCCCUCUGAAUAA